AUGCCAGGUUUAACUGCAGAAGAAGAGAGAUUAAAAGAUAUCAAAUAUAGACAAUGGGGUCCAUAUGUUUCAGAAAGAUCUUGGGGAACUGUUCGUGAAGAUUAUAGUGGCGAUGGAAAUGCUUGGGAUUCAUUCAAGUUUGAAGACUAUGCUCGUGUUUCACGUUGGUCACAAGAUGGGUUAGCUGGUGUUUCUGAUAGACGUCAAUUGGUUAAUAUCACUAUGGCUUUAUGGAAUGGGAAAGAUGACAUUUUAAAGGAGAAAUUAUAUGGAUUGACCAACAAUCAAGGUAACCAUGGUGAAGAUGUAAAGGAAUUGUAUUACUACCUUGACAAUACCCCUUCUCAUUCGUAUAUGAAGUAUUUGUACAAGUAUCCGCAAAACAAAUUCCCUUAUGAAGAUUUGAAAGAGGAGAAUGCUAAAAGAUCAAGAUUAGAUCCUGAAUAUGAAAUUACAGAUACUGGAUUAUUCGAUGAAAAUGAGUAUUUUGAUGUUGUUUUUGAAAGUGCCAAGGAUUCACCUGAUGAUUUGUACUUUAGAAUCACUGCUUACAAUAGAAGUGAUAAACCAGCUCCAUUACAUUUAUUACCAAAUGUGGUAUUGAGAAACACUUGGGCAUGGGGUACAAAGGAAAGUGUUAAUGAGCCUAAACCACAUUUGAGACAAGUAAAUGACUAUACAAUUGAAGUUGAGACUCAUAAAUUUGGUAAACGUUACUUAUCAUUUGCACCAUCUGCUGGUAUUACUGAGAACUCCCCAGAUGUUGAACCAAGAUUAGUCUUUACUGAGAAUGAAACAAAUACCAAGAAAUUGUAUGGACAAGAAAACAAGAGCAAAUUUGUCAAAGAUGCAUUUCAUGAGCUUGUUGUUCGUGGUGACGAAAAAGUAGUAAACCCAGAUAAAGAAGGUACGCAAGCUGCAGCUUGGUAUGUAUUUGAUGAAAAUGGAGGUGUACCACCAGGUGACUAUGUAACCAUUCGUUACAAGUUUACCAAAGAAAAUUCCGACGUUGAUGAGUAUAAAUUGGAUCAAAUUUUCAGUAAACGUCAAAAUGAAGCUGAUCAAUUUUAUUGGAAGGUUUCUCCUUUACCAAUUAGUGAUGAAUUGAGACAAAUUCAAAGAUAUGCAUUUGCUGGAUUGCUAUGGUCAAAACAGUUUUACCAUUUUGUCCACAAUUACUGGGCUUAUGGUGAUCCAAAUACAGUGAAACCACCAGUUAAUCGUGCAAAUGGUAGAAACAAAGAAUGGAAACAUUUGUAUAUUGAUGAUAUCUUGUCAUUGCCUGAUAAAUGGGAGUAUCCAUUUUUUGCUGCUUGGGAUACCGCUUUCCAUUGUAUUCCAUUUGCUAUGAUUGAUCCAUGGUUUGCCAAGAACCAAAUUGAUCUUUUAUUAAGGGAGUGGUAUAUGCACCCCAAUGGUCAAAUCCCGGCAUAUGAAUGGAAUUUCAGUGAUGUAAACCCACCUGUGCAUGCAUGGGCUGCUUAUAGAAUCUUUAAAAUUGAAAGAAAAAUGUAUGGACGUGAGGAUAUUGAUUUUUUGGAAAGAGUUUUUCAAAAAUUGAUGUUAAAUUUUGCUUGGUGGGUUAAUAGAAAAGAUGCUGAAGGAAACAAUAUUUUUGAAGGUGGGUUUUUGGGAUUAGAUAAUAUUGGUGUUUUCAAUAGAUCAGAAGCCUUACCUACAGGAGGUAAUUUAGAACAGGCUGACUCCACUGGAUGGAUGGCGUUCUUUUCGUUGCAAAUGUUGAAUAUAGCAUUGGAAUUGGCCAAGACGAGACCCGUUUAUGAAAAUAUUGCCUCAAAGUUUUUUGAACAUUUUGUUGUUAUUGCUGACGCGUUGACAUUUAGAGGUGGUGAAGGCGAAAAUGAAUCCUCAACAAAGAAUUCACUUUGGGAUGAAAAUGACGAGUUUUAUUAUGAUGCUAUCAGAUAUGGAGAUCACAAUACCCAGUCACUUCCAGUUAGGUCAUUAGUUGGUUUAAUCCCCCUCUAUGCUUCAUUGACCUUGGAGCCUGAAUUGUUGGAAAGAUUCCCAUCGUUUAAAAAGAGAUUAGACUGGUUUGUACACCAUAGAAAAGAAGUUGCUGAGAGAAAUAUUGCAUCAAUGGAAGCAAGAGGUGUUGGUGAAAGAUUGUUGUUAUCCUUGGUCUCAAAAGAAAGACUUGUGGCAAUUUUGCGUAGAAUGUUGGAUGAAAAAGAGUUCCUAUCACCAUAUGGUAUCAGAUCCUUAUCUAAAUAUCACAAAGACCAUCCUUUCACUAUGGAAGUUAAUGGCGAAACGUUUAAAGUUGGGUAUUUACCAGGUGAAUCCGACUCAGGUAUGUUUGGAGGUAAUUCCAAUUGGAGAGGGCCAAUUUGGUUCCCCACCAAUUUCUUAUUAGUUGAAGCAUUGCAGAGAUUUUACUUGUACUAUGGUCCUGAUUUGAAAGUUGAAUGUCCAACUGGAUCGGGUGAGUAUCUCAAUUUAGCACAAUGUGCUCAAGAGAUUCAACACCGUUUGAUACAUUUAUUCUUGCCUGAUGAAGAAGGUAAUAGGGCAUGUAAUGGUGGUAAUGAACUAAUCAAUAAAGAUCCAUUCUUUAAAGAAUAUGUUCCAUUUUAUGAAUAUUUUGAUGGAGAUACAGGAAGAGGUUUAGGUGCAUCUCAUCAAUGUGGUUGGACUGCUGUUGUUGCUAAGUGGAUUCAUGAUAAUGGUGUUACUUGCAGGAUACCUAAGACGCCAAGAACACCAGUCAAUAGAAGAAACUCAUCGGUGUUCUUACACGACAGUGCAAGUACCGAUGAAGAUGUCAAGAAGUAUAAACCGAAAUCUGGGCCAUUUUCAGGUAAAUUGGUGAGAAGAAAAUCAGGUAAAUCGUUGUUGAAUUUGACUGUCAAUGCAUUGGACCUCAAUGAUGAUGAAGAAGAAGCCACGGCAAAAGCAGCUGUUUGCACUCAACUUGAUGGAUUAGAUCAUGGUGUUUGUGUCACUGAUGAAAUAUUGAAGAAAGAAUUGACUGAAUUGCAAAAAACUCAAUCUGGUGCCUCAAUUGAUUCAGGUGAUGAAGUUGAUGAUGAAUUUUUAGAACAGGUCAAAGCAGCUUUCAAGAAGUAUAAAUCGAGAACUGACGAUGAUGAUAAUGUUUCUGGAGAUGAGUUUGAAACUAGACUUCAUGAUAAAUAA